AUUUUUCUUGGCACUGUUGCAACACAACUGGACAAAAGAGUCCAGAGUCUGCAAAAGGAAUUCAUGCUGAAGAACCUGAGUAUUCCAAAUGUCCCCAACUGGGGAAAAUACGGAGAAUUACUGUAGAGCAGUGGAACUCUCUGAGUUUUGCACACAAGAUGUCAGUUGGAAACCUACAUGCUCCUGACACUGAAGAACUCAACUAGCAGGUGGUGCAUGACUUAGGAAAUGUGUAGAAAUGACAUCUGGAUAAAGUGUUUGAAUUCUUAGGAAGUAGUUUGGGUUGGGGGAGGUACAGGUUGAUUUUGAUGUAACUUAACUUCCUCUAAGUGGCAACAUUCCUUACCAGUUCUUACCUAAAAGCAGACUCUAGCUUCUCACCUUCCGGACUGAAAUGGGAAGGAAUUUUUACUUCUGAGUGCUUGACUAUUAUCACUGGACAAAAACUAUGGGUUUUUUAGGUAUUGAUCUUGCUUUCAGAAAUAUUUUUUUAGAUGAUGUUUUAACAUGGUUCUGUACAUGCUCAGUGAUACAGAGAGAGGUGGGGAAGAACUAGAUGCACCAGUAUCUGAAGGAUGAUAGACUUUUAGCUACUUUAGUAUCUGUGUUAAACUCUUUACACAAGCUCAGGGUGGUGUUGGUCAUGUAAAGUUCUGAGCUAAUUACAUGCAUUUAGUACCUGAUUGUACUAAACAUAGUAAUAGAAAUAAGUGUUUAACACAGUAAAAGACAACUAAUUUUGGAGUCAGUCUGAUAAGUGAAGAGCUAAGUUGGGAACAAGUUGUGUGACAGGAGCACUUAACUUGCAUUUUCUUACCUGAGAGUAGAUGGGGGACAAAUACCCCUCACUUAGGGUCUUUGUACCUUUACUUCCCUUUUCCAUUUACAGUAGUUUUGGUUGCUUCCCAUUUGACACUUCUUCUUUAGCUAAGGAGAGCUAAAAGAUUAAAACAAGUUCUGCAUUGUUUUUGAAUUGAAAAAAAUGAAGACUUUAAAAUUUAUGCAUGACUUAGUAGGGCAGGACAGAUAGCCCUGUGCUGUUACUGUUGGUGGUGAGAAUGCAAAGAGAAGGAAAAGGUGCCCUGUUGCAAUUAGUAGUUAAUUUCCUGUUACUUGCUGACAAGGCUUGAGUAUUUGCACAAAAAGCAGGCUGUAUCUUUGAAGAAGUUUGAAAAGGAGAUAGGAAGAAGCCUUAAGGUAAACAAACUUCUGUCUCUGGAGAAUAACUUAAUUCCUUAUUUAUUCUUUGAGUACUUAUUGUUCGUCUUGAAUGAUUCAGCAGAAGUGAACGCAUCAGCUUCCUUCAGAAUUACAUGAGAGAAGUUGGCAGGUAUAUAAUAACCCCAAAUCCUGUCUGCUUGUGUGGAGAAUAAUUAUAAAAGAUCUUAGAGUAGAGGACCCAUAACUUUUGAAUUCAAGUUUUCAUUGCAAAAAUGGGUAUUAUUCAGAUUGGAAAUGCCACCUUGUCUAGGCCCUCAGAAAUAUAGUCUUGAGUCAGACACAUCACUAAGCUUUCCUCUAAAACAGUUGCAGUGACAGUCUGUGCAAGUAGACCUUGGCUGGUGUGGGCUGAAGAAGCAGCUUGGGGAAUAUUUGGAGACUUACCAGAUGUUAACUACCUUUAGUUAGAGGCGGGUGAGUCUGCUGGGGCUGUGUAACCUCUGCAAGGAGAGGUGAUCUGCAGAGGCUUUGCUAGGCAGCAUUUCCUGCUUUAUAGGGAAAUGUAACUCAGGUUUCAUCUCUUCAUAGUAAUAAAAAUGUCAGUUGAGUUUCUUUUGAAGCACUGGGAGGGGGUGAGCGGGGGAGGAGAAAUCCAGUAAACUGAACAGAAAGAUUGCAAACGUUCCUAGGCACUGCCAGCUGGCUAUAGAUUUUUCUUGGCUCUUGUUGCAAGCCCUCUUGAACUAUAUGAUAUGCAAAGGCUCAUGAUGGCCCCAAAAGCAAAUUCUUUGAGGGAAAGGAUAACGCUGUCAAAGCUCUAUGGCUUUUACAUCAAUUAAGCUACAAGGAGAGGUGAAUUUUUGUGGCAUAAAAAUACAAGGCUGUGUGUUUGCAAAAGACUUUCUUCUUAGUUUACCUCUAUUUACAGACUCCCUCUUGUGUUUGUGUCAGUUAUACAGUUAGACAACUCCCUCUGUCCCUUGACAAGCAUCCUAAGUGCAUGCCUGCAAUCUGGAAAGUCAGUUUGAUGCCAUCUGGUCAAGUGUUAAUGAGGAUGCUGGAAUGCUGGUGUCAAAUGUUACCAUAACCUAAGCAAACUCCAUGUGAGAUGAUGCUAGACUUUUCCUAACUUUUUGUAUGCUGGCACAGUUGAACUCUGAACAUGUGAUUGAUCACAAGUUUUAUCAGCUGCUCUGGGUCGUGGGGCAUUCUGUACCACGACUGCAGCAGUAAUAUGUGGGUAGUACCAACAUGCAAAGACAGCAAUAUACUGAAGUUCUUUCUUCUAGUAGCUCCAAAUGAAAAGCAAGGGCUUUACAUCUGUUAAUUGCUCAUGAGACUUUCACCUGAUCUUAAAGCUUCAAUUAUUUAUUUAAUAUAAAUCAUUUCACAAUGUCUUCAAAUAUUUUUGCUUCUGAGGAGGACUGAUCCCUGGUGAUUUUUCUUCGAAAAGGUGUAUAGAUGUGUUACAAUUGUAGUGUAACAGAACUUGCUGGAAGUUUUGGGUGGAGUCAGUGACCUGUAAGUGCUCAUUAUGAAGAGAGAUCUGGUUUUCUUGGUGACUCUAAUUAGCCUUGCCUUCCUGUCACUGCUGAGAUCUGGAUAUCCUCAACACAUUGCAGAGGAGUCCUGCUCUGUUCAGAUUCUUGUUCCAGGCCUCAAAGGGGAGGCUGGAGAAAAGGGGGAGAAAGGUGCUCCAGGUCGUCCAGGCAGAGUUGGACCUCCAGGAGAAAAAGGGGAAAUGGGGGACAAAGGACAGAAAGGCAGCAUAGGACGUCAUGGAAAAAUUGGUCCUAUUGGUUCAAAAGGUGAAAAAGGAGAUAAUGGUGACAUAGGACCACCAGGUCCUAAUGGUGACCCAGGCAUCCCUUGUGAGUGCAGUCAGCUAAGGAAGGCUAUUGGUGAAAUGGACAUUCAAGUAGCCCAGCUGACGACAGAACUAAAAUUCAUAAAAAAUGCACUGCCCUCCCCCGCAGCUGUCGCCGGCGUGCGUGAGACAGACAAUAAGAUAUAUCUGCUGGUGAAGGAGGAGAAGAGGUACAAGGAAGCCCAGCUGUACUGCCACGGACGAGGAGGGACGCUGAGCAUGCCCAAGGACGAGACUGCCAACAACCUGAUUGCCUCGUACAUCAACCAAGCUGGGCUCACCCGAGUCUUCAUUGGGAUUAACGACCUGGAGAAGGAGGGGAAUUUCGUCUACUCUGACCGCUCGCCCAUGCAGACCUUCAACAAAUGGCGCAGCGGGGAGCCCAACAACGCUUACGACGAGGAGGACUGUGUGGAGAUGGUGGCGUCUGGCGGCUGGAAUGACGUUGCCUGUCACAUUACCAUGUAUUUCGUGUGCGAAUUUGACAAAGAAAAUGUCUAAGCUGCUCUGCUCUUUCUCUAUUUUAAGAAAAAUGUUUAAGGUGAUACAACAUGGCUACUCCGUGUUUAUAGAGUUCAAGUGAAAUUUUGCAAGUGUGCGGCGUCGGAGUUGUACAGCUGUAAAUACAGUCUAGGUAUUUCAAAUAUCAGAAUUUACCCUUCAGAAGGGAAGAGCAGUAAUAAGGCAUAGCUUGGCUGGCUUUUUCUUUAUUUAGGAAAAUAUAUCUGUUUAGAUAAAAAUGUGCUUUGGGGCUAAAUUUUGCCCUUACAACAGUUAACAAAUGUUAAUAUGACUGUAAGGGAAGGCAGAAUUUGGCCUCUAGUUGUUAGAAUGGUUAGAAUUAGAUUCCUGAUAUUCUUUUAUCUUAGCAAUAUUUGUAGUUAUAAAUGCUAAUAACUUGUAGUGCUACAGGGAUAUUUUUUCAACAAGACAUAUUUUGUAUACUCCAGUUAAUAAGUACAAAUAUUACUGUAGGUUUUUUGAAGGUUAAAACUUUUUUUUUUUAACUGGCCAAAGCAAAUCAAAAGUCAAGAUUCCUACCAGUUUUGUAAUGUUUUUUCAUUAAACUGUUCACAGAUGUAUGACCAAAAAGCAUUUAUGUAAACUGAAUUUUAUUGCUGAGGGAGGAAAAAGUCUAGUGAAAGGUGUCCCUGCCCAUGGCAGGGGGUUGGAACUAAAUAACUUUUAAGGUCUCUUCCAACCCAAAAUAUUCUAUGAUUCCAUGAUUCUAUGCUAUGAAAAUCCUUAUAAUUUAGUACUAAGAGAGCUUCCAUCCAGGUGGUGUUUUGGGGUUGGCUAAAUGUAAAAGUAACAGUUUGAUGUACUGCAUUCCUUAGUUGAAAAGGACUCAGUGCAUGAAGUAUUUUAGACCCUGAAUAAUUCCCUAAAGUAAAUGCUUCAUAUUUAUUUAAGAUAAUCUUGGUGGAUCUUGUCAUCAAACAAGCCAAAAUACCAGCCCUCCACAAUUUAAGUCAUACUUCAUAUAUAUGCAAUUAAGCUUGUGAAAACACAUUAGUGAUCAGUUCCUUUUAGUAAGAAAACAGCUUACAUUUUUACACAGAUUGUUAAAACAAUCCCCUGAAAAGCAGAAGAGUUUCUGAAAUUUUCCUGUGUAUAUAGCCGUAAUAAAUAACCUUGCACAAAUAAUUUAUGUACCAAAUUUACAAUUGCAUGUGAUGGAAAAAGCGAUGUAUAUUAAAAAAAACCAAAAAAACCCCAAAAAACUCCAGCAUAAUUUCACAAAAGAAAUUAUGAAUUUCUUUAAAUCUUCCCAGGAGCCAGUUGCAUGGCACCUCAUCUUACUGUUAGGCAUAGAAAAAUUGAAAAAAAUUUGCAAAAUAUCUGUGUUUCUUUAGGAAUACCUUGCACAGUGUUUUAAGAUGAUUUUUAAGGAUAAAUGAUCCUUGCAUGACAUUCUGUUCAUAUGCAUAUCUGAUCAUUAUGGCAGAUUGGCAUUUAAGAUAUCCACAGCAGAUAUGGCAUGUGGUCCCAGAGAUUUCCUCAUAGCAAGGAAACCAAAUCAUAUCAACUCUGCUGUGCUGCAGCAUGUAAACCAUCAAUGGCCAUACAAUGCUGUUCAUAUCCACAGACACUGACAUUAUUUGAUUUAUAUACCUAAGAGAACAAACUGUUUUGUUUGAUAUAUUUACUCUGUAAAUCUCAUUCCUUUAUAUAUAUAUGUUUGCUAUUAAUUUUGGAGAUCACUAGCAGUACUACAGUAUCCUAUAGUAUUUGAUUAUCAGCCCAGCUCCAGAAAAAUAACUCAAAACGAAUGGGUUCUUUGAUUGCUUUAUUUUCUUUUAAUAAAGAUAGAUAUGAUA